CGGGCAAACGGGCGGACUGACACGACACGUUACUUAGUCUUAUAAUUUAACGAAUUUCCCAGUAUUUUUCGGUAAAUUAGUGAUAUAUUCAUAAGAAAACUACAUCCAGAAGCGAAGAUGGCUGAUGAACAAAUGGAGACCACACAGAACCCCGUGGAGUUGCUAGCAUCGGGUAGAAGGCACCUUGCUGUGAAGGACUACAAUGCAGCUGUUGAGUCUCUUGCUACGGCUUGCGAGCUGCUUGCUAAGGAGCAUGGAGACAUGGCAGACCAGUGUGCUGAGGCUUACUUGUGGUAUGGCAAAUCUUUGCUUGGCCUGUCACGGGAAGAAAGCGGUGUCCUCGGGGAUGGUAUGCCUGGAGGUGGCAACAAUGAGGAGGAAGAUGAUGAUGAUCAAGAAGAAAAUGGUGAAGAAGACCAGAAUGGAGAGGCUGAGGCGACAGAGAACGAAAAGGAGGAAGUGAAAGAGAAUGGAGUAGAAUCAAAGGAGAAUGGAGAAGCAGAGAAGGUUGAACCAGAGUCCACCACCAAAGAUGAGGAACCUGGUAGCAGCAAAGCUGAUGAGGAUAAAGAUGGAGAACAAGAACCAGGUACAUCAAAUGGGGACGCGAACGAUGAGUCUACAAUGAACGAGAAUGAGGAUGAUGUGGACAACUUGCAACUAGCCUGGGAAAUGCUGGACCUGUCCCGCAGCAUCCUGCACCGCCGCGUGCAGGAGGGCGGCGGCGACGCGGCGCGUGCGCUGCUGGCCGACGUGCACCUGGCGCUGGGGGAGGUGGCGCUCGAGAGCGAGACCUACGACAAGGCUGUCACUGACAUGCAGAGCUGCUUGGAGCUGCAAAAAGAAUUGUAUCGUAGUGACGACAGACGCAUCGCUGAAACCCACUAUCAAAUUGGUCUUGCCAACUCCCUCGCCUCAAACUUCGAAGACGCAAUCACCCAUUUCAAAAACGCGGCGAACAUUCUAGAGUCUCGCAUAAAGACGUUAGAAAACCCGACGUCGGCGGCCGAGGACGCGACAGUAAAGAAAUACUCCUCCUCAGACCCCCACUACUCCAUUGAAGGCGAAAUUAAGGAGCUGAAGGGUCUCCUUCCAGAAAUACAGGAGAAAAUUCAAGACAUGAUGGAUUACAAAGCAGAGACAAUAAAGCGGGUAAGGGAGACACUCUGUCCGUCGAACGGUGCCAGUUCUUCAAGCAACGGAGCUGGCUCCUCACAAGCCAAGCCAGCGGACAAGCCUGUGUCUGACAUCUCCCACCUUAUCAAGAGGAAGCGCAAGGCCAGUGACACCGACGAGGCUUCAGCGGCCAAACGGUCUAACACGUGAAAGAAAACUUAUCCAUAAGGCCAAUUUAUAUAUGUCAACAUAAUAGGGUAGUUUCUAACCAGUCAAAACAGUUACUUUUUACUAAAAGUCAAAACACGAUAUGACUAUGGAAUUUGUACGAAAAAGCAACCUGUGACGUCAUAAUAAAACGUGACAAAAUGGUGCUAAUUCCUGUAAAUACCAUCUAAUUUUAUUUUAAGUUAUAUCUGUCAUUUUCUUAUCCGCCGAAAAGGAAAGGGACGGGUAAUCGACAAGCAUAAAAUUUAUGGAACACACGUCAAUUUUAAGCACAAAUCUAAACCAACCGUCUAAAAAUUUUACGUCCGUCAAUAACCGACACAGUUAAGUAGACAGCACGUCAAACGGUUUGCAUACCAGCGACGUACCCUUUGAUUCGCCCGGGUUAUUCAUUCAUUUACUCAUUCUUCCUAAAAUUAAGAGCUGUGAAUCAUCCGUCCCUUUCCUUUUCGACGGAUAUGAAAAUGACGGAUAUAACUUAAAAUAAAAUUAGGCGGUGUCUGCAGGAAUCGGGGCCAUUGUCGCACUUAUUACAUUUUUUUUAUUAACAUUCAUAAAUAACUUAAAUAGAACAAAGAAAACGUUUUUUGUUGCCUUUAGAUUUAUCUUUAGAGGUUCAUAAUUUGUCUUUGACCUAGGAAACUACCCGAUUAUACCUAAGUUGUGAAUAUUGUCGUGUGUAAUUUUUGUAUGUAACGACCAAGUACGGAGUGAAUGUCUCGAAAUAAAUCUACAAUAACUGAGAAAGAAAUUUCCGAAUGUGCUUUCUUUCUAAAUCGAUCACUUUAAAAAGAAAAUAUUUCCAAUUUUGUAACGUUACAUACGCGCUCAAAAAGUGCAUUGUGUACUUGCUACACUCACUAUACCAUAGAAAAACAAUAUAACGGUAACUUUUCGCCAGCGCCAAUUCGUAUCGGUCGCCGAGCUAGAUUUACUAUAUUUUAAACCCAGAGGGGGUGAGCUCUGGGUUUUACUUUAGUCUAAGGAGGACUGUGUAAGGUGGAAUGUGUCUCGCUCACACUUACGCGUUAAGGUGGCAUACAGCCUAUCUGUCUGUCUCGCUUGCUCGUGCUCUCGCUCUGUCAGGCACAAGGUAAAAACGAGACUUGUAUAGAGUAUCCAGGAUGUGACACUGUUCUUGGGCCAUUUUGCGUUUCCUUAAUUGCGUCGUGCCUUAAUGGAGUGCCUGUGAUGAUGACACAGUUUAUCACAGAACAAAAAAUCAAGAGACUACGCGGCUCCGCCCACCCCCAUAGGAAUUACGAGCGCGCGUGAGUUAAUUUACGUGUUCAUCAACAUUAUUCGCAACUUCGGCACGUAUUGUCUAAUUCAUUUUUUUUGUCAUAAUGUUGAUCAUUUUUGUGAAAGUAUAAAUAAGUCUGAAAUGAAAAAUAAAUUAUUAUGGCGCUGAGAAAGAUCAUUCUGAAUCUAUAAUAAGUUGAAUAGUUUGGAGUUUACUUAAGAGGCCGGUUUCCCAAUGCAGAAUUCGAAUAUAUUCCCUCUAUUGAGGAUAAAAACUGCCUAUUGCUCCCAUCAGCUGUCGUUACUGUUGAGUGUUCUUAAAUUUUGACAGUUCCCCAUACUAUUUGAAUAUACGAACAUAAUUGUUUUGGUGAUGAAACCUUAUUAGUAAAUCUUAUUUUCAAUCAUAACUGCCUUUUUCCAACUGGCUGCUUUUCUUUUUCGUAACUCAUCCUGCAGACGGGAUACACUCCACGUUGCUCCACAUUAUAUAGCAAUUUAUCACGAAUUUUAGCUGGACAAUGGUGCUAAUUCCUGUAAAUACCAUCUAAUUUUAUUUUAAGUUAUAUCUGUCAUUUUCUUAUCCGCCGAAAAGGAAAGGGACGGGUAAUCGACAAGCAUAAAAUUUAUGGAACACACGUCAAUUUUAAGCACAAAUCUAAACCAACCGUCUAAAAAUUUUACAUCCGUCAAUAACCCGACACAGUUAAGUAGACAGCACGUCAAACGGAUUGCAUACCAGCGACGUACCUUUUGAUUCGCCCGGGUUAUUCAUUCAUUUACUCAUUCCUAAAAUUAAGAGCUGUGAAUCAUCCGCCCCUUUCCUUUUCGACGGAUAUGAAAAUGACGGAUAUAACUUAAAAUAAAAUUAGGCGUUGUCUGCAGGAAUCGGGGCCAAUGUGGAGAACUUUCAAAAUUUAGGAACACCCAACAGUGCUCCCUUUUAGUAAUUCGCCACGACUCAAUAUUGCGGGUACUGCCGCCUUAUUGAGGACUGAAAGUGUAAAGUCAUGAGCAAUAUCACGUACCCACUUAGGACCCUGUCGCACUAUCAUAUUUGACAUGUAAUGAGACUUGCAGUUUAAUUUGUCAAAAAAGUUAAUGUGACAUGGUUUCAAAGUGUGUACAUAUUAGUACUCGUGACCGUACUUCUCUCAUUUAGCUCUUAUCCGAUUGAUAUAAGGUGAAAAUAUCUUUUUUUCUUUAUUUUUUAUUUGAUUAUUCAAGUUAACAUUGUUCUUUAAUUAGGCACAUAAUCACCGUUGUAAUGCGCAAAGUCAGAAAAUCAGUUUUUAUUGGCUUUGUGUUGGUACUGCAUUUUCUAAGUGUAACUGUUGAAAGAGUAAAAUAUAAGUAAUUUAGUUAAAAAAAUAUAAAAACGAUUGCCCCAAGUGUGUCCAUUAUUAUUUUUAUUUUUUCUAAGUAGUUAAGAAUGAAUAGUCUAGCAUAAUAUGAUUAAAUAAAUUAAUUUAGGUUAUAAUGAAAUGUUACUUGUCCUCGCGGCACGGUUUCGACCAAUAGCCGUUCGACAUAUCUCCGUAGAGAGCAUUGGCUGCGUUUAUUGGUCGAAGCCCUCGAUAUGAUUCGCGGCGCGCUCGACGCGGUUGUCAUGCAGACCCUACAGCUGUUUUUGUUUACAUCGAUAAGAAGUACCGUUUACAUUAUGCUACACUUACGUUAUUAGUUUUGUAGUUGUAUGUUAUUCCUUCAUACAUACACCGGCUAGGUUAUAGUAAACGUUCUAAAUAUACUUAAGCUUAUUUUUUUAUUAAUAAACUAGGUUGUUUAAGUAAAAGUUC